GAUCGCGAUAUAGCUGUUCAAAAUUUUUGGCGGAAGGAAAACAUUAUGUGAAUGUUUACGGAAAUAAUAACAGAACGGGCCCUCUGAUCAUGCGGGAUCAUGUCAAGUCCCCGAAAAUCUCGACGAAAAGUAGAAUUAGAUGAUGCUGUUGAGCUUAUUGCAAAGUGUGACUCAAGCACCAAGGUUCGGGGCAACCUGCCGCUUCAGCUUGCUUUGGAUACCAUCCAUGAUGUGGCAGAGACAGAUGGGCUGCAGCCUGGCCACAUCACCACACUGCUAGACAAGGCAGCCAGUAGUGUCCUAGUGCAAACAGUGAGCUCUCGGCUGAUCCGAUGUCUCAUCCCGAGAGUAUUCGUGCCAGAGAAGGCAGUGGUCAAGGCAGUAUCAUGGAUGUGCACCAACAAACCAUCAACUACAAUACAGAGUCUGCUCGUGAGAUGGGUGCUGCUGAUCUACGACCACAUGGACACACACAAGAAGCUGCACAACCUGUACGGCAUCCUCUUCUACUUCCUGGAGAACCAGGCCCUGUUCCCCUACAUAUGUCACCUGCUGUACCAGCUAACGAGGAAGGAGGACGUGAAGAUGUUCCGUGUACGGAGACUGCUCUUUCUGCAGAAAAAAUAUGGGUCGCAGCCAUAUAUAGUGGGUCUGUUGUCACUGUACAAGUUGUACUAUCCAAACCUGGUGUCGGUCCCUGUUUCAGCGACAAGAAAGAUUUUCUUCAAGAGCCAUGACCGGAAGUGGGCCGAGCUGAUCAAGAGGGUGCAGGAAAAGGCCCUGUCUGAGCAGGGCCUGAGCAUCAGUGUUCAGGAGUCCCAGCUCAGCAAGGCAGGAGCUGGCCCUGGAGGAGUGUCUGCUAAAAGGAUCAACACCAGCGCAGUGAUGCCGAAGUCCAAGAGGAGACGUGUCAUCACUCCAGCAGUGCAUUCCUCGUCCCUGGACGACAACAAGCACAGUGAAAACGUCCACCUUAUGAUUGACCACGUCACUGUGCCCUUUGUGAGGGUUAACUCCUUCAAGGAAAUGCUCAACCAAAUUGACAGAAUUGAGUUUCCCAGCCAGGUGGCAGCGGCCCUCCAGGAUCCGAUACUACAACAUGUGGUGGCGUACUCAGCUGACCAGAUAGUAGCCAUGAGGUUCAGCUACUGGCUGCAACAUACUCUCAUUGAAGAGUUUUUUGACAUGCCAAGAGAGAAUCAGGAUGAGAAAGAACAGUUUCUUGACCUGCUCAUUAAUUUCACAGAUUUCCUUCAGGAAGGCAUCCCGGUCGUGGACAUGUUCCUACAGAGAUACCUGCUGACAUGGAAUGGCUCUGACUACAGGCAGCAUAUACUCAGACUCAUCUCUAGGUGUCGGAUAUACCCCUUUGGAGUGUUAAAUGACUUCAUCUUAGAACCUCUGAGGAAACUGUACUUCAGCUCAACUGUCUACUUCAAGUGCCAAGUGAUUCUGACCCUGGUGGAGAUGAUCAAGAACUACACUGCAAUUGAGUGGCCACGCUACAAGGACCUGAUGGAGAAUAACUUGUCUGUCAAGGGCCCUACGUCUUCUAGCAUGUCAAUCUUCCAAGAGUAUGGAGGGAAGUUCCGUCCUCUCCAAACCCUCCAAGACCUGAUCCACUUCACGGACAACCUGGCAACGGUGGGUCUCCAGCUGGAAGAGGACAACACCCUGCUGGCCAACUGCAUCCUCGACUACGUGCAGCUGUUGUCUUCCAUGUGUCAGAUGUACAGUGUCCCGUUCGUUGCGCUGUCUCCGGCGUCGCUGCUGGGAAGGUUCCUGGUGGACGACUCAGUUCUCUGUAUCACCCGGCUCUGUUCCAUCAUGUGCAAUUACAAAGGUGCCUUUGAAGCUCUCAAGUCCAGACAGACACCAGUGGACGUUGACCUGAUGGACCGGGAUGGCACGGAGGACAUCCAGAGCUUCAACAGACUGCUCCUUGAUAUAUGUAACGGGCUGUGGCGGAACAGAGCCUUCGGGAGGCUGCCGGCAGCCUCGUUUUCGACUUCAACCCCUCAGAGUGUGUGGCCUCUGUUCCACGACCCAAUGAAAACUUCUCUAUCUACCUUCACCAUGCCUUCCUGGGUUACAGUCUGGCUUUCUUGAACGAGACUCAACCUCCUGGGAAGAAAGUUCAUCCAGGGCAGAUCAAGGCUGUGAAGGAUUACUUCCUCAAGUUCCUGGAGCGCGAACAUGUCACCCCCAUCCCUCAGUUCAUCAGAACCUUCAUACGCAAGUCACA